GAGGAUGAACUGAAAGGCAGGACGCCAGCAGCUGUGAGACUGAAUAACAACAGCAGCAGGCAGACAGAGGCUGGACGUUUUUAGAAAGAGCAAGGAUGAUAUUUUAAUUGUAGCUUUUUGUAAUUAUAGCCUGACCAGACUAGAGGAUUUGUUUUUCAUUUUUGAAAACUAUCUAGCAGUUUUCUAAGUUUUUUUUUUCUUCUUUCUUAGGUUGUUUGUCUGUUAAGCACUAACUAUAGACUAAGUUGAAUGAAAUUUAGAUUUUAUCAUAAUUUUAUUGGACAGACUGGAUUUUUUAAUUUCUAUUUUUAAAAAUCGUCUAUCAUUGUUAUUAUAUAAAAAAUUUGAAAAGUUUAUUUUUCAUGGCAAAAAACAAAACUGAAGAAAAAAAAAGUCAACUUAACCAGUCGGGAAGCGUUCAUUACUUCACAUCAUGAUGCUGCUGGCUUUGCUCAUGGUUCUGAGUCUUUUUUCUGGGACUCUGGCCUCUGAGUCAUCAUCAAUAACUAUCCACUACCAGGUAUGGGAGGAACAGCCCACGGGAACCCGGGUCGGCUGUCUGGUGGACGACCUGCGGGACAGGGACGAAGAUGGCCCUUUGGAGGAUUUCCAGGUGGUGGAGCAUGCAAAGGCACUUCCUUUCUCUAUCACCACUCGAGAUGGAGUGGUCUCCACCCAGGGCCGGUUGGACAGGGAGGAGCUCUGCCGGGGGUCGGACCUCUGCGAGGUGGCCUUCAGUGUCCUCUACAGGAAAAGUGGUGUUGUGAACUGUUUGUGGGUUCAUGUGCAGGUAAUGGACCUGAAUGACCACAGUCCCACUUUCCCAAGUGCUCUGCAGGAAGUGGAGAUCUCAGAGACAGCCAGCAUCCACAUGCGAAUACCUUUAGAUCGUGCAGUUGAUCCUGAUGCAGGACCAAAUGGCCUCCAGACCUACACACUGUCCCUUAAUCAACACUUUGCUCUGGAUGUGAUGGCUGCUCCAGGUGGGACAAAACAGGCAGAGCUAGUAGUUAUCAAAGAACUGGACAGGGAAGUCCGUGAUUCCUUUGACCUCACCCUGGUGGCAUGGGAUAAAGGGAAUCCCCCGAUGUCUGGGAGUACCUUGGUGCAUGUUAAAAUCCAGGACUCGAACGAUAACAGCCCAACAUUUGAGGAUAGCAGUCCCACUGUGACACUAUCAGAGGAUACAGCUCUUGGGACAACCAUCAUUAAGCUCAAGGCCACUGAUCCAGAUGAGGGAACCAAUGGGGAGGUGGAGUACUCCUUCAGCAAGCACACUCGUCCAGCGGUUCAAAAGCUAUUCCAUGUGGAUCCACAAACAGGAGAGGUGAUUGUAAGAGCACCUCUGGAUUAUGAAGUUCAUUCAUCUUAUGAGGUAAUCAUACAGGCCAUUGAUCAUGGUCCCAACGCGAUUCCUGCUCACUGUAAACUGCAUGUCAAGCUUAUAGAUGUCAAUGAUAAUGCACCAAGGAUUCGAACAACCUGGAUUACAUCUGCCUCGGCUGUUGGGACUGUACUGGAAGGAGCACCGGUUGAUACUUUCCUCUGUCUAGUAAUGGUUUAUGAUGCAGAUUCAGAUAGAAAUGGGGAAGUGAGUGCUGCCCUUAAGGAAGGAUCUGGACCUUUCCAGCUUAAACAGAUGCAUAGCAACACUUAUAAGAUUGUCACCAGUGGCUACAUGGAUCGAGAGAAAGUUUCAAAUUAUAACAUCACAGUCCUUGCUCAGGAUCAUGGCACCCCUCCUCUCAUUUCUGUUGAACACCUGACUGUUUCUGUUCUGGAUGUGAAUGACAAUGCCCCAGUGUUCUCCUCCUCUAUUUAUAAGGCUUCCCUAAAAGAGAACAACUUAACAGGCUACAAAGUUCUCCAAGUUGAAGCCCAUGAUAAUGACCUGGAGUUCAAUGGUAGAGUCUCCUACUUCAUAAGAAGCCCCACUGACAAGAAGACAGAAAAAGAAGUUUUCUCCAUUCACCCCAAAACUGGUGUCCUAAGUGCCCAGCAACAUAUAGACUUUGAGGAAUCUCACACCUACUCUUUCAUUGUGGAGGCUGUGGACCAUGGGCAUCCACCGUUGACAGGCACAGCCACUGUGCAGAUUGAAGUUGAGGAUGUAAAUGACAACUAUCCGGUCAUCCACGAACCAAGACCAAGAAAGGGUGUAGCUCAUGUUAGCAUACCAGUCAAUGCAUACAAGGGUGAAAUUGUGGCUGAGUUGGGGAACGACACAGAGGAUGAACCCACCACCUUGCCAACUGAUCACUCUUUGAGAGAGGGAUUUACUGGGUUUCUUGCAUCCACAAUAAAAGCUGAAGAUCUAGACUCAGGACUCAAUGGAGAACUCCAGUACCUCAUUACUGAUGAAAACCCAUAUGACCUCUUCUGGUUGGAUCAAACUACAGGUCAGCUCUUUGUUAAUACCACUAAUGCCACUGAGCUCAUAGGGAGAACUUUUACAAUGAACCUUACUGUAUCUGACAUGGGCACGCCUAGUUUGGCCACUAAGACAUCUCUUGAGGUGACUUUCAUCAACCUUAAGGACCAUUUGAAGAACUCAUCACCAGGAAACAGAGGGCAGCUCAGCUUCACCAUGAUGAUUGCGAUCUGCCUGGGUGCAACAUGCUUACUCCUGCUGUUGGCCAUUGCUUUGGUGACAACUUUCUGCCGCCCUGAGAAACGGGACAACCGGGCUUACAACUGCAGACAGGCUGAAUCCAGCUACACCCGCCAUCCUCGGCGCCCCCAGAAGAACAUUAGAAAAUCUGACAUCCAGCUUAUUCCUGUCAUCAGAGGCCGAAAGGAGGAGACUACUGAGGACAGCGAGGUCCAGCCACUGACUCCAUCUCCACCACUGGAAGACCAACAAACUGAGAGAGAUUACAAUUUCAUACCAUCGGUUAUGAAUACAAGCUUUCAUUCUCAGGGCUAUCUAGAAGGGGAUACCUCCCAACAUGUUGCCCAUCACUACAAAACCCUAAGAAAACCUGGAAACAUUGAACUUGACGGUAUCUUGACUCUGACCCCUGCCACAUCAUUUCAGACUCUACGCAAAUCCAGAAACCCUUCAUCAUCCUCUUCAGUCUCACAUUCUAGCACCUUAAAGCACCACAAGCUGCAGCCCAACGGAGAAGAGAGAGGACCACCACGUUCGGCAUCCCAGGCAACUCUCAGGAGGCCGAGGACGUCGGACAAUCGAGGAGGACAUGAUGCAGAACAUCAGCAGAUGCUUAGGAACCUGGUUCGUCUCUCCAUGGCAGCGCUCGGAGACUCCAUUGAGCUUUCCUCAGCUUCACCAGAGGUGCAGCAGAUCUCCCAGCUCCUCUCCCUCCUCCACCAGGGUCAGCUCCAGCCGAGACCUAACUUUCGUGGAAACAAGUAUUCUCAUCGCAGAUAUGGGGGCCAGGACUGCGCAGACUGGCAGAGCACCAAAGACAGUGGACAUGGUGAGAGUGAGGCUGGAGACGAUUGGGAACCAGGGCGAGACUCGCCUAUAGACCCACAGCUGGAGGAAGGGCUAAACAACCUGCUCAACAGCCCAGAUGAUGUUUUCUCAGAGGUCACUGACCCUGCCUGGAUGGCUAGACUCUCCCUGCCCCUCACAGCUGAUUACCACGAUAACGUUUUUGUCCCCAAUGGCCCUACAUCCCCUGAAAGUGAGCUCCUUCCUCGGGAUGGCCUAGACUCCUCGUCCUCCUUCUCCACCUUUGGUAAAACUCCAGAGAAGGAUGCCAUGCUGGGCGGAGCGCUGCUCUCAGAGGUCAGCACGUUGUUCGAGAUGCUGAUGACGCAGAAGGCUGACGCUCACCCACGCCCUCGAGCAGAUGUCCUGUAUCGGCUGUCAGCAGCCUAUCGCCGCUCUCUGGGGCUGGAUGCCAACACCACCUCGGGCGCUGCAGGAAACGCCCCAAAAAACUGGGCUGAGAAGAGACCAAACCCUGUUUCGCCGUCACGGCUGCAUCAAUAAGUCGGUUCAGUGAACUUUGGAAAAGACUGAGAGUUGGGGACAGGAUGUUGGAGCUGUGAUUUUUGUCAGGAAGGAUGUGACACUUUGAACACUUCUGUACUGAAAAGAAGGCUGAAACUGUGCUGAUCCAUAACACAGGUUCAGCCAAAAGCGUCAGAGAUAACACCACCAUCUGUUGGCAGUAAUGAAGGUUAACAUUAAGGAGUGUGCUUUUAUGAGGAAGGAUUUCUGUUUAUAUCUCAUCAGACGUUGACACUGGAAGUCAUCCUUCCAUGCUACUAAAGAGAGAGAGAGAGAGAGAGAGAGAGAGAGAAAGAGAGAGAGAGAGAGAGAGAAAGAGAGAG